CCCUGCAUUCACUAUAUCUGGGCUCCCUGGACCCUGCAUUCACUAUAUCUGGUCUCCCCGGACCCUGCAUUCACUAUAUCCGGUCUCCCCGGACCCUGCAUUCACUAUAUCCGGUCUCCCCGGACCCUGCAUUCACUAUAUCUGCUCUCCCCAGACCCUGCAUUCACUAUAUCUGGUCUCCCCGGACCCUGCAUUCAUUAUAUCCGGUGUCCCCGGACCCUGCAUUCAUUAUAUCUGGUCUCCCCGGACCCUGCAUUCACUAUAUCUGGUCUCCCCAGACCCUGCAUUCACUAUAUCCGCUCUCCCCGGACCCUGCAUUCACUCUAUCUGGUCUCCCCGGACCCUGCAUUCACUCUAUCUGGUCUCCCCGGACCCUGCAUUCACUCUAUCUGGUCUCCCCGGACCCUGCAUUCACUCUAUCUGGUCUCCCCGGACCCUGCAUUCACUAUAUCUGGUCUCCCAGGACCCUGCAUUCACUAUAUCUGGUCUCCCUGGACCCUGCAUUCACUAUAUCUGGUCUCCCUGGACCCUGCAUUCACUAUAUCUGGUCUCCCAGGACCCUGCAUUCACUAUAUCUGCUCUCCCACAGUACACACAACAUGGAAAUGCAAAUAUUUUAGUAAAUUUAAAUUGCUAAAUACCUUUUCUCAUCAGCAGUAUAUAGCAGUCUUGUGACUUCUAUCAGUGUUCAGCAGAGCACUGGUUAAAGCUUGUAGGAAAGUUUUCGUUCUGCUCUAGGAGGAUGCAAAACCUUUGACUUCUGUCUGGACAGUGCUGAUUGGCCCUGUGCUGAUCAUAUGCGCUCUCCCAAGAAAAAAAAAAAAACCUCUAUAGCAAUACACACUAAACUGAGCAUGCGCAGAAUGGCUAUGGUUCAAUCUGUCUUAUCAGGAGAUAAGAUGUGGACCUUUAAAUGGGAGGAGGAUUCUAGAAGACAGGAUCAAACAGCCUUUUUACACAAUGCAGAGGAUUAA